CCUGGAACUGGAAAGCAGUGGCCAUCGUAAUGAAGUCAGACUGCAUUACCGCUCAGGCAGUCACCGCCCUCACACGGAAGUCUUUCCUUAUAUUUUGGCUGACGACAAGUGGCACAAGCUCUCCUUAGCCAUCAGUGCCUCCCAUUUGAUUUUAUACAUUGACUGCAAUAAAAUUUAUGAAAGAGUGGUGGAAAAGCCUUCCACAGAUCUGCCUCUGGGCACAACAUUUUGGCUGGGACAGAGAAAUAAUGCACAUGGAUAUUUUAAGGGUAUAAUGCAAGAUGUGCAAUUACUUGUCAUGCCCCAAGGAUUUAUUGCUCAGUGCCCAGAUCUUAAUCGCACUUGUCCAACUUGCAAUGACUUCCAUGGACUUGUACAGAAAAUCAUGGAGCUGCAGGAUAUUUUAGCCAAAACAUCAGCCAAGCUGUCUCGAGCUGAACAGCGAAUGAAUAGAUUGGAUCAGUGCUAUUGUGAAAGGACUUGCACCAUGAAGGGAACCACCUACCGAGAAUUUGAGUCCUGGACAGAUGGCUGUAAGAACUGCACAUGCCUGAAUGGAACCAUCCAGUGUGAAACUCUGAUCUGCCCAAUUCCUGACUGCCCACUUAAGUCGGCUCUUGCGUAUGUGGAUGGCAAAUGCUGUAAGGAAUGCAAAUCGAUAUGCCAAUUUCAAGGACGAACAUACUUUGAAGGAGAAAGAAAUACGGUCUAUUCCUCUUCAGGAGUAUGUGUUCUCUAUGAGUGCAAGGACCAGACCAUGAAACUUGUUGAGAGUUCAGGCUGUCCAGUUCUGGAUUGCCCAGAAUCUCAUCAGAUUACCUUGUCUCAUAGCUGUUGCAAAGUUUGUAAAGGUUAUGACUUUUGUUCUGAAAGGCAUAACUGCAUGGAGAAUUCUGUCUGCAGAAAUCUGAAUGACAGGGCUGUUUGUAGCUGUCGAGAUGGUUUUAGGGCUCUUCGAGAGGACAAUGCCUACUGUGAAGACAUUGAUGAGUGUGCCGAAGGGCGCCAUUACUGUCGUGAGAAUACAAUGUGUGUCAACACCCCGGGUUCUUUCAUGUGCAUCUGCAGAACUGGAUACAUCAGAAUUGAUGAUUAUUCAUGUACAGAACAUGAUGAGUGCAUCACAAAUCAGCACAACUGUGAUGAAAAUGCUUUAUGCUUCAACACUGUUGGAGGACACAACUGUGUUUGCAAGCCGGGCUAUACAGGGAAUGGAACCACAUGCAAAGCAUUUUGCAAAGAUGGCUGUAGGAAUGGAGGAGCCUGUAUUGCUGCUAAUGUAUGUGCCUGCCCACAAGGCUUCACUGGACCCAGCUGUGAAACGGACAUUGAUGAAUGCUCCGAUGGCUUUGUUCAGUGUGACAGCCGUGCUAACUGCAUUAACCUGCCUGGAUGGUACCACUGUGAGUGCAGAGAUGGCUACCAUGACAAUGGGAUGUUUUCCCCAACUGGAGAAUCGUGUGAAGAUAUUGAUGAGUGUGGGACCGGGAGGCAUAGCUGUGCCAAUGACACCAUUUGCUUUAACUUGGAUGGUGGAUAUGAUUGUCGGUGUCCUCAUGGAAAGAAUUGCACAGGAGACUGCAUUCAUGAUGGGAAAAUCAAGCACAAUGGUCAGAUCUGGGUGUUGGAAAAUGACCGGUGCUCUGUGUGCUCAUGUCAGAAUGGGUUUGUUAUGUGUCGACGGAUGGUCUGUGACUGUGAGAAUCCCACAGUAGAUCUUUUUUGCUGCCCUGAAUGUGACCCAAGGCUUAGCAGUCAGUGCCUCCAUCAAAAUGGAGAAACCUUGUACAACAGUGGUGACACCUGGGUCCAGAAUUGCCAACGGUGCCGCUGCUUGCAAGGGGAAGUUGACUGUUGGCCCCAGCCUUGCCCAGAUGUGGAGUGUGAAUUCAGUGUCCUCCCGGAGAACGAGUGUUGCCCUCACUGUGUUGCCGACCCUUGCCAGGCUGACACCAUCCGCAAUGACAUCACCAAAACUUGCCUGGACGAGGUGAAUGUGGUUCGCUUCACUGGGUCCUCUUGGAUCAAACGUGGCACUGAAUGUACUCUCUGCCAGUGCAAGAAUGGCCACAUCUGUUGCUCAGUGGAUCCACAGUGCCUUCAGGAACUGUGAAGUUAACUGCCUCAAGGGAGAUUUCUGUUUAAAGAAUGUUCUUUCACUAAAAAAGACCAAAAAUAAUAAAAAGUUAAACCUUAAAUUGGAUGAUUUGUGGGCAGCUAAAUGCAGCUUUGUUAAUAGCUGAGUGAACUUUCAAUUAUGAAAUUUGUGGAGCUUGAGAAAAAUCACAAAAGGAAAAUCCUUGGGGCAAAACUAGACCACAAUUCUCCCUCUACCGUGUCUGACAUCAGCUUGUAGAAGAAGGGGUGUGGGACACAUGCCAUGACACCGUGACCCCUGGAUAGAAAGCCUGAGCCCAUCUGAUCUUCAAAAGCUUCUAGCUUCACUGGUGCAGAAAAUUUUCCUCCAGAUCAGAAUCUUCACAAAUCAGUUAGGUUUCUCACUGCAGAAAAUAAAAUGUGAGGCAGUGAAUGAACUAUAUUUUCAGAAGCAAAGCAAAGAAGCUACAACAUGUUAUGUACAGUACACACUCUGAAAAAGAAAUCUGAAAUGUUAAUGUAAUGAUAAAAAUAAUGCACAGGCAUGGUUACUUAAUAUUUUCUAACAGGAAAAGUCACCCCUAUUUCCUUGUUUUACUGCACUUAAUAUUAUUUGGUUGAAUUUGUUCAGUAUAAGCUCGUUCUUGUGAAAAAUUAAAUAAAUAUUUCUCUUACCUUA